UAAUUGUAGUUUAUUGCAAACCUAAAGUAUUCCAAAAAUUAUAUUGCUUUAUUAAAUCCAUUGAUUAAACAAAACCAAAAGGCUACAGAGGCCGAAGAAGCUUCCUUUCCGUAUCAACAAAAACCAGCACCAGCCCCUUUUGGAGGGACACCAAAGCAGAAAAAAAAGGAAGAAGAAGCCCCAUUCUCUGUAUUUUCAAGAAUCAUUCAAUAAUUUUCUUGAUUUCUCUUUUUAGUGUUCAUUUGCGCCUUCUGUUUUUAGCUAAAUUUGAUGUCUUUCCCUGAAGAACAUGAUUAUAUAGGUUUAACAGACUCUUCUUCAAUGGAAAAUCCUUCUUCCUCCUCCAUUGUUUCUACAGAAAGUGAGAAAAACAGUGUUUUGAACCUCAAAGAAACUGAGCUGAGACUGGGUUUACCUGGUUCAGAUUUUCAUGAAAAAAAGGCUGGAACUGGGGUUUCUCUUUUUGGGAAAGAUCUGAAGGAUGAGGUCAAUAAUGGGUUUUCACAAAUCCUUUUGAAGAACUUUGUUUCAGGUGCUAAACGGGUUUUUUCUGAUGCUAUUGAUGAAUCUGGAAAAUGGGGGUUUCCUCUAAAGGGUGGAUCUGAAGUCGAUAUGGAGAAUUGUGGUUCUGAAAAUACUAAUACUUUGCAAUGUUCUUUAGCUGGACCUUCAGGGAAAGAAAUUGGAAACUCUAAUCCCGCAAAGCUUGUCGAAGAUAAAAAGAAUGAAAAUAAUAGCACUGCUCCUGCUUCAAAGGCACAAUUACUGGGAUGGCCACCAAUUCAAUCUUUCCGGAAGAACACCCUAGCCACCACCAAUUUAUCUAAAAACAACGAUGAUGUCGAGGGAAAAUCGGGACUAGGCUGCCUUUACGUGAAGGUUAGCAUGGAUGGUGCUCCAUAUUUGAGGAAGAUCAAUCUUAAAACCUAUUGCAGCUAUGCAGAGCUUUCUUCUUUUCUUGGGAAAAUGUUUAGUUGCUUUACCAUUGGGCAAUAUGCCUCUCAUGGACUUCCCGGGCAAGAGCAUCUUAGAGAGAAUUGCUUAAAGAAUCUUCUCCACGGCUCUGAAUACGUGCUGACUUAUGAAGACAAGGAUGGUGACUGGAUGCUUGUUGGUGAUGUUCCGUGGGAGAUGUUCACUGAUUCUUGCAAGAGAUUAAGAAUCAUGAAAGGCUCAGAUGCAACCGGGCUAGCUCCGAGGGCCAUGCAGAAGUGCAGGAACCAAAGCUAGGCAUGAAGUAUCAGAAUGAGGAAUGCGUGAAGCCCCCCAAAAGAGUUUUCUGUAUCACUCAUCUGAAUUUAGAUGUAGUAUGUCUUGUUGGAAGUACUGGCUUCCGAGCAGAAAUUAGUCGGAAGUCCAAAGGUUUUGCUAGUAGUAUAUGUUCUGAAUAUGUAUGAUUCAACUUGAAUUGAUGUGUAAAUGAACUGCAUGUUUGAUUGCAAUUCUGUGUCUUGUGCUUGUUAA